GUCGGCACAGACUGGGUGUCUGUAUCUGCAGGAAUGAACUGCUCUCAGCAGGUUUUGGAUAUGAACCUGUUACGGUACCUUCACACCAGUCAUCCUGGAGCACCCGCUGCCGACUUCUUUGUCUUCCACCUGUUGGACGGCAAGAACCGCUCUCCUGCUCAGCACUUCCACAUUACAGUCAAAGAACUGGAGAAAGGAGACAUAGCAUUGUUCCUGAAGCCUGUGAGGUCUAGUCGAGGGGAGCGUGUGGUUCUCACCACAGACGUCUUGCUGGCGGUAGACGGCACUGACAAGCCGGAGGAGCUGCUCUAUGUCAUCACUGUACCUCCAGCACAUGGUCAUUUGGAGUACAUCAAACACACCGGCGUGCAAAUUCAGUCGUUCAGUCAGCUGGACGUAGCAGCAAACCUGGUGUGUUAUGUACAUGACAACAGAGCCACUUCACCAAGAGAGACCCUGCAGUUUGUGGUCAGCAAUGGCAUAUCAACUCGCAACGGGACCCUGGAGAUCUUAGUGGAAAUGACUGAUAAGGUUCUGCCCACACUAGUGCAUAACACUGGUCUACGGGUUCCCCAGGGGUCCACCAUAACUUUGACACCUGAUGCCUUAUUCCUGUCUGAUCCUGACAGUCCACACACUGCCUUGAGCUACAGGGUGGUCCACCCUCCCCUGUAUGGCCAGUUGCUUUUGAAGGGACAGACACUGGUCGCUGGUAGCAGUUUUACCCAGCAGAACAUUCAGGAUCUGGAUGUUUCAUACAGACACUCUGGAGGAGCUUCUCAGAUCGAUCGCUUCAGAUUCACGGCCUCUGACAGCACAGAAAGAGGCUUUCUGUUGGACGGACACUUGCAAACUGAGCCGCUCUUCUUCACUCUGCAAAUUGAAGCUCUCGACAGCUCAGCUCCACAGAUAGCAGUGUUGGAAACCCUAUGGAAAGUGGAGCUUCUCAAAGAUGGUCGUUAUGGGAUCUUUAUUUCCUCCAGAGAGCUUAAGGCUCAGGAUAAGAACUCUGCAGACGGUGAUCUGAUCUAUCACAUCCUCAGACCGCCUUAUUUUGGAUACCUGGAAAAUUAUACCAAUGGUGAGUUUGUGAGGCAUCGUUUCUCUCAGAGGGAUCUGAACAGAAGGAAUAUCCUCUACGUCAUAAACUCUGCUCUGGACUCUUUAACUGACAGCCUGGAGUUUGCCGUGUCUGAUGCACUGGGCAAAUCUGGACUUUCUCACAAAUUGGAGUUUAGCUGGGCCAGUGUGGAGCUGACCAGGACUGAGUAUAUCAUAUGUGAGAGUCAGGGGUCAGUCUCACUAACCAUCCAGAGGAAGGGGAAUGUGCAGGACUCAUCUUAUGUGACUGUACAGGUGAAAGAACUAACAGCAUCUGCUGGAAAGGAUUUUAUACCGGCUUCAUCUUUGAUUCAGUUUGACCCAGGGAUGGUCAGUCGAGGAUGGAGAGUGGAGAUUGUUCAGGACUCUUUAGAGGAAGGUGAUGAGACAUUUGAGGUUACCUUGAUAUCUCCGAUGGGUGCAAUGCUGAAAGACAAAUCUAAAGCCACCAUCUUCAUAAAGGACACAAAUGGGCAGUGCAGAGAGAACCGAAUCAAAGCAGGAACUAGUAUUCAAGGCCAGGAGGAUGAGCCAGGUCCGUACCCUCAACACGGCUCCAUCCAGGUGGAGACAUUACCUUUCUCUCAGGGAUAUAUCAGAGGGGAUGGAGAUAUAACAGCUGAAGCUCCCUCCACUACAAAGAAAACACUCAGAGUCAUUGGGAAUGGAAAAGUGAUUCAGCCUUCGGAAAUGAUUCGUCAUGGAUCUGAUGUCAUUUACAAAUAUCACGGUAUGGUAUCGAUGGCGGUGGAGGACGACGCUGACUCCAGGACUGACAGAAAGGCACAGGUGCAGGUGACCAGCAGGGGGCAGCAUCACGCUCCUGCGCUCAGGACAAAACUACAGCAAACUGGCAGAGUUCUGCAGCCUUCUGGGACUCGGCCUUCUUCUAAACCCUGUACUCCAGAGCUCAGUGGCUUCCUCCACUACAACGACAGCUCAGGUCAGAUGUUUCACUGUAAUGGAGUCUCCUGGAGGCCCUGGACACCUACUAAUGAGACUGUGAAAGCACAGAAAUGUCCUCGAGGAUGGACGUACCACAACGACUUCUGCUAUAUUCUGAGCACAGAGCGCAAAGCCACGUGGAGCACCGCGGUACGGGCCUGCAGAGAAAGCUUCAAUGGAAACCUGGUCAGUGUUUUGUCAAAACGAGACAUGGACUGGCUGUGGGACUUCAGUGAAAGAAAACCCUUUUGGAUUGGUCUGAACGACCGUGAAAGUAAAGGCCGCUGGGAGUGGGUGGGUGGAGAGCCGGUCACUUACACCAACUGGAGGCGGAGCCCUCCAAAAAACAGGAAGAAGGGAAGCAGGAAGUGUGUCCUGGUCUGGAGGAAGACGAAAUGGCAGAUACGAGACUGUAAGAAAGGAAAGGGACACCGUUAUGUGUGUUAUGUUAAAAUGUAAGACUCUGUAGUGCACAGUAAUCGUGACGUGACUCCUGUAAUGUGGUUUGAUUCACAUUAACAACUGUUUGCUGUCAACUCACCGUUUCUUUGUGUGUCUGAGAUCGCACUCUUGAGUUGGUACUUAUUUUGAACGAGUAAUUACUUCACAACCACUAAAAAGUAUGCUCUAUAUAGUAUGUAUGUAAUUUGUACAUACUACAUUCAACAUGUUGUCAUUAUCACAUGACCUACAAAUUGCGUGCGUCGCUUCACCGCCAUUCAUAAAUCCUCUCCCGUGGCCUCAUGGGAUAGUAAAGUGUCCAUCGAUGCACACUUCAGAAUCUCAGAAGAGGUAGGUCAUCUUGGUAAUUUUUGCUUAACCUUUUCUUUUAUGAGUACUGUGGAUUCGGACUUCUUUAGUCACGUACUGAUUUUCACAUACUAUAUAGAAGGAAAUUGUGUGAUUUCAGAUGCCGCCCACAUUUUCUAACUCAGAAGACCACCAUGUGUUGUAAUGUAAGUGUAAUAUGUGCUACUUAAUCGCUAUGUAUUUAUUAAUUUUUGUGCUCUGUAUGUUAUGGGAAUGAUUUUCAAGAAAUCGUCUUAGUUUUGAAGCUAUGUAGAAUUUAGCUAGCAUUAGUUUUUUUAGUUCAUGAAAUGAUUGUUAUAGAAAUAUAUAGAAAACUGUCACUACAAAGACCCAUACUUUUGAAUAAAAAUUCCUGACAUGUUAUGACAGCUGAAAUUAAUGCUCUAUUUUGAUUUCUCUGGAAAUUAUAGCUAUCUAACAAUUGUG